AUGGAGUCUAGGAGUGCAUUGAAUUUAGUAAUCCGUAUAUCCCGGUUGGCAGGAGUGGCCCCUAUUACUAACUCGCCAAGUGGUCUACGCGUUUCUCGACCUUUGAUGUUUUACAGUUAUCUUCUUGUCACUGCUAUAAAUUGCGUAGUUCUCUCUGGCUUUGCAUUGGAUCUUCUUACUGAGCCUGCACGGUCCUUGCGCGUGCGCACCCCAACGUCCAGGGUUAUUUGGGUGGGCAACCUUUCCAUUAUAAUAUUGAUUGCUAGCGUUGCUGUGUACACAUCUCCAACACGUAUGUCUUCUGUGAUUCAUUGCUUGAAGGAGAUUGAAAAGAUUAAAGCUUUUCUUGGCGCUAAAAAUAAAUUUAAUUCUGGCGAAAAAUUUAAAUUUCUUGCAGUAAUAACGACUUGUGUUGGUUUAUGGAUUUUGAUCUUUUUUGAUCUCUGCGGCUAUGCCUUAGAAGCUUUGCAUCGUGGUACAGAAGGUGAAAAGGAAGAAGUAAUGGAUUUAUUUGGUUCUAGAGGUGAAUAUGGAAAUGCAUUUAGAACGGUACCAACGCUUUUUGAAUAUAUACUAAAUAUGCUAAUAGAACAUCCAGAAAUACUAGAACGGAAUGAUAUAACGGUAUUUACUAACGACAGCACACAUGAACAUGAAACAUUUUUGGAUCCAGAGAACAGUACUUGUUGUCCAAAAACUGAUAAUUCUUUUGAAACUGUUAAUUUUGAAGAUAAUACAGAUACGAGCAACAUAAAGAAAAGUGAAAGUUUUGUCGCUCCUAUGAUAUCGGCGUUUCAACUCACUCCAGAAGAAGUGAUGGAACAAGUAUUGAUUAUUGAACAGCAAUUAGAUAAGUAUAACAGUAAAAAAUCGAAG